AGAACCAGCAUUGGCCAUUAAGGCUGUAUGGAACCUCCAUGGUCAGAGGUUGUAUAUCUCCGACUAGCAAUUUGCCAGAGAAGCAACAGCAGGAAUAGGGCUAUUGCCUUCAAGUCCUGCUUGGGGACUUUCCAGAAGCACCUGAAUGGCUAUUGUGGAAAGAGGAUGCUGGACUAGAUGGACCCGUGGCCUGAUCCAGCACAGCUAUUUUAUAUUAUUACAAAUGAACAGUGUAGUACAAGUGGGCAUGGGCUAGUGAAUCCUGCCUUAAAAGUGACCAGACAGCCAAUAAAUCAGUUAAUUAAUAUUAAAGGAAAUGUCAGUCCUCAAAAACCUGCCAAGAGGCCCCCUGUUUUAGAGGGGCAGGCACAGGAAAGGCACUCUGCACAUGCUCAGAAACACAGCCUUUCAUUGCUGCUUCCCCCUCUCCCAGAGCUAAGCUUUGGAAACAGAUUCUGGGCUCAAAGAAGAAUAAACAUGGCAGCGAUUUAGCCAGGAGCAGAGUUUUCAAAAGGAGGCAGACAGAGAGGAGAAAAAUGCCAGCCCCGGCCAGCGUUCCUUAGCUUUGCUCCUCGACUAGCCAGCCAUGGAGAAGGGAGACAGAUCUUGGGACAAAGGGACUGGCUUCGCCUCAAACUGACACGACUCUAACGCGUCAAAGACGAAAGGGGGGGGGACCUUUCACACAGAAGGAGGAGCAGCCCGCGUCUGCCACUCCAUCCCAUCCGGCAGGCACACUCCCAGCGACAGCACCAACCGGCUGCAACAUGGAUGGCGCUGCUGCCGAUGGUAUGGAAGAAGCGUCUCCUUCUUCCCCCAGUCCCUCCGAAGAAUUCCGCUCUGCUUGGACCAUGACCAAAGGGCUCUCCAUCUUCCUGGACAUACUGAGAAGAGCAGAUAAAAAUGAUGAUGGCAAACUGUCCUUUGAUGAAUUCAAAGCUUACUUUGCCGAUGGAAUCCUGAGCAGAGAAGAACUGCAGGAGCUGUUUCACGCUAUCGACACACACCAUACAGACAACCUUGACACUAAAGAACUGUUUGAAUAUUUUUCCCAGCACUUGGGAGAGUAUGUAAGUGUGCUGUCUGCUUUGGAAGACCUCAAUGCAUCCAUACUGAAGGCAAUGGACACCACAAAGAAAAAUUAUCAGGAGGCCUCUAAGCUGGAACAGUUUGUGACUCGCUUUUUGCUGAAAGAAACACUGAAUCAGCUACAGUCUCUCCAUAACUCACUGGAGUGUGCCAUGGAAACCACUGAGGAACAAACUCGUCAAGAUAAACAAGGAUCAGCAAAGCCAGAGGUCCUUGCAGUAAAGCAGCUGGGAAGACGUUCAAGUCGAAGACUCCAAAGGAACAGCAGUUUUUCUCCAGUCAGUCCUCUUCUUAACCAAGGGUGGCUGGAGGAAGAUAACCAGUGGAUGACCCAAAUAAACAGACUCCAGAAACUGAUUGACAAGCUGGAACAGAAGGAUCUAAAGCUUGAGCCACUAGAAGAAGAAGUAUCAGAAGGAAGCACUAAAUCUCACAUAAUGAUAGUUCAGCGUCAGAUGUCAGUAACAGAAGAGGAACUGGAGCAAUUCCGGUUUGCUCUGCAGCAGUAUGUGGACACAGCCUCUUCUCAGGAUGGAUGUCUGCAUGUUUCCAUUCAGAAACUGUCAAGUGAAUCCCGCUUCAUCAUUUAUGAAUUCUGGGAGAACAAUGCCUGCAACAGCCACCUGCAGAUGAACUACAGCAAGAUAUUCCAAAGGAAUCAUGUGGAUUGCCUAGAAACUCCAGAACACAUUACAACUAUGCUAGUGCCUGCUUCCUGGUGGGUCCUCAACAACAACUAGAAGCUUCACUAUAAUUCCCAAUUAAUGAUAUACACUCUACAUAAAACAGGCACCCAUAUAACUAUUAUAAAGCCUCUAAAGUUAACAGAUAAUGUUCCUUCAAUUUAAGAACAGAAUCGUGUUCAAGUUCUCUUUGUUGUUACUUUAUGGAAUUGUAUAAUGAUACGAACUGACCUUUUGUUUUGUAGGGCUCUGUUUGAUCUAUAUUGUUUUAUAGUAUGUUUUAACUAUUUGUAAGAUGUAUUGAGAAUUCAUUUUUAGACACGUGGCGUGCUUGCCCUGGAUGUUUGCUACCUUUGCUUACUAACAUGAUGUCCACUGAAGUCAGCCCAAUGCAGAUA